AUGCUGGGUGGCGUGGGAGGUCGACACGUGUCUACGCGUCGGCGUGGCAGUAAUCCGUUGGUGCGUGGAAGUGUGGGCCUCAUCGGGUAUGGUGCCACAUCCGGGACCAGUGGUGGUCUCGGAAACACCGAUGGAAACGCAACGCAGUUGGAUGCGAUGCCCCGAUAUGCCGCUAGGAGACGGAGGGCUGUCACCACCAGCGAUCACAAGAGUUGUGCCCUUAUACAGACGCGACUCAAGCUUGGCGAUAUUAUGUGA